CAAAAUUGAAAUCCGUACUCUGUGCUCGAUUCAAGGCUCAAGCUGCAUGUUCUAUAAAAGCAAAGAAUUCAUUUUUAACCUAUCAAAAGCUGAAACCACAUUGCUCCAGGAAAAAAAAAAUGCAGAGGCUCGUCUCUCUCAAACACAAACUUGUCUCAUCAAAUUCCUCCAAGAAACUCGCCGUCAAUACAAGUUCUUCACUUUCACUUUCUCAUCCUUGCUACAAUGCAUUCACUUCUCUUGCCAAAACAACCCACCAUGGCUACCAGCAACAAAAUUACAUCUUUGGCUUUUCUAAGUUAAACCCAACCCACCAUUUCCAUUCACGUCAAACCCAUCAUACUCUUUCACAGAAAGUUCAUGGCUUUCUGUCAAACCCAUUGAUAUCAAAGCAGCUUAUGUCAAAUUUAUCAAAUACCCAUUUCAAGUUCUCAAGCAAAGGGCGAGCUGAAUACAAAUUUGGCAUCUUUACUGCUCGGUUUGCAAGAGGAUAUUCAGAGUUCAAUCAAGGUUCUGGUUCAUAUGGACGUAACCGGAGAUUAUGGUUCAAUCGGGUAUCAGCUGAUAACAUGGUUUUUGGCUUGGUCUGUGCCAAUGUUGCUGUCUUUAUGCUAUGGCAGAUUGUUGAUAAAAACUUUAUGGUGAAUAACUUUAUGGUUUCAUUGGAAAAUUUCAUAAGUGGACGUGUUCACACGCUGAUUACUUCUGCAUUCAGUCAUGUUGAUGCUAGGCACAUCGUAUCCAACAUGAUUGUACUUUACUUCUUUGGGACGAAAAUUGGAAGAACUUUUGGAUCAGAGUACUUGUUAAAGUUGUACCUUGCUGGGGCAGUUGGCGGUUCACUGUUUCACUUGGUAUACCAUGCCUUCAUAGCCUUAUCAUCAACAAAGGGACAAGGAAUGUCGGUGAAGGACCCUUCAGGAACUCCAGGACUGGGAGCCAGUGGGGCCAUCAAUGCUAUAAUGCUGCUGGAUAUAUUCUUGAAUCCAAGAUCCACUAUUUACUUGGAUUUUAUUAUACCAGUUCCUGCUGUCUUAUUGGGUAUCUUUUUAAUUGGGAAAGAUGUAUUGAAGAUAUUGGAGGGAAAUAGCAAUAUUUCAGUUUCAGCACACUUGGGGGGCGUUACAGUUGCGGCUAUAGCCUAUGCUCGGAUUAAGAAGGGACGUUUUUGAAUUCUUGAUACAUAAUAUCAAGUGAAAAAACUUAAAUGAGGAACAUCAUUCAAAGAACAUUAUAAAUGAAACUAGGAGGAUCUCUGUAAAUAGAAGGACUAGCAUCAGAUAUGGCAGCUCUAGCAAGAGAGUGAGCGACGAUAUUAUCUUAUCUAACGACCCAUUUCAUACUUAAAUUAUUUUAUUUAGUAAUUAAACAUUUGCAAUGUGCAAAAUAAAUUUUUUAA